AUGAACAUGGGGGCCGAAAAACAUAGUUCUAAGAGUGGAGGAGGUUAUGUUGGGGGUUUGCUGCAGCUAUUUGAUUGGAAUGCAAAAUCUCGAAAGAAACUGUUCUCUAGCAAGUCUACUCUACCAGAGCAAUCUAAACAGAAGAAGAGAUGUGAUGGAAAUCUGCCCACUACUCGGUUUCACCUGGUAAAAGUUUGUGAUUUCAUAGCUGGUUCAAGUAUUAGAGGAAGUAAUUAUAGUUGUGCUUCAUCAGUGACUGAUGAGGACUUUGGGGAGGCAAAGGCACCCGGGGUUGUUGCGAGGCUUAUGGGACUGGAUUCUAUGCCAACCUCAAAUUUUCCAGAGCCCUAUGCUUCCCCUUACUUUAGUUCUCAGUCUCUUCAGGGAUUUAAUUCCCAUUCCAAAAAUUUGGAUGGCAGUCAUGAGUUUGACCUACCAGGCAAUUUAUACGCCAUGGAUGGAUUUGUGAGGAACAAUGUCCCAGAAUCAAGGCAUCCAAAGCCUUUGAACAGGCCCAUCGAAAAGUUUCAAACUGAAGUCUUGCCUCCGAAAUCUGCUAAGUCAAUUCCAAUUACCCAUCAUAAGCUUUUAUCUCCAAUCAAAAGUGCCAAUUAUAUCCCAUCUGAAAAUGCUGCUCACAUAAUGGAAGCAGCUGCAAGGAUUAUUGGACCUAGUCCUCAGACUAGUGCAGGUAAAGUAAAAUUUCCAGCAGUUAGUUCGACUUCAAUUCCUUUAAAGGUAAGAGACUUGAAGGAAAAGGUUGAAGCCUCUCAAAAGCCACUCAAGCUUGGCGAGUUGACUUCCCGUCCAGGCGAAACUAAUGCUCCUAAACACACAAAGGGACAAAACCCGAAUAGGAGCUGGAAUUCGUCAGCAGAUACAUUAUCCUCAAGGCUUUCUUCUGAUUCGGAAGAGGCAAGUGCAAAAGGAAAAGGUAAAUCCAUCUCACUUGCAUUACAAGCAAAGGCUAAUGUUCAGAAAAGAGAAGGUUUAAAUGGUCAUAGCAGCAGCAGUUUAGUAGGACAGAAGGAAUCCAGUGAAGUCUCUUCUAGUGAGCUGUUCAAAAGCCAAGCUAGUGCCCAGAGCAGCAGGGUGAGGAAAUCAUCUACACAUACUGUUUCAAGUGUACUUCGACAGAAUAAUCAGAAACAAAAUGGUUUACCUGAUAAAGGGAAGUUAUCAUCUAAGCCGUGUGCUUCUGGCUCACAAAAUAGAAAAAUAAACAAUGGAGAAUCUUCAUAUUCACGAUACAAAAGCUCAGGUAAAAAUGCUGCAAACUCUAAAAUUGUGUCCAAGAGGUCAAAGUCAGAAGUAGCAGAAAAUAGAAGAGAAGAGACUUCUGGCUCCAGAAACAUUGCUAGCAAGAAGAGGUCAAUAGAUGGCAAUUUUCAGUUUGAGAAAAACCAUACUCCUGAUAAGAUGAUGAUUGGGAAGAGUGAAAGGCCAAAUGCAUUGACUGAUAAGCAAAGUAGCUUCCCUGAAACAAGCAAAAGAAUAGGAACAGAUGUUGUUUCUUUUACUUUCACAGCUCCAAUGACGAGGUCAUUUGCUCUUAGCCCUGAGACAUUUAGAGAAGUGCGGGAGAAAAGUAAUGUCUUUUCUGCUGAUUUUUGUGGUAAAAGGUCACUGCUUACUUCAAGUGCCCCAAAUAGUGCAAAGUUCUCUUUGCCAGGACAUAAUGUGGUAGGAGCUGAUGCGCUUAGCACUCUUUUGGAGCAAAAGCUUAGGGAGCUAACUCAGGGGAUGGAGUCGUCCUCAUGCCUCAAGGCAGGAACGUCUGGAAAUUCUUCCACGAAGUUCCAGGAUUCGCUGCCUAAUCUAGAUCCCUCAUCUAAUAAAACCUGCAUCCCUGACUACCAAACACAGGAUUGGAUCAAUGCAGACUACACUGUUGAUAAAUGUAGCUCUGGAUUUUCAUCGUCUGAUCUUCAAGGAUUCAUAAUGAAACACAAAGUUCAGGUUACGGAUCAAGGCAUGGAUAGCUUAUGCAGGAGCAAUCUCGAAACGAGGAAGAUACUUGAUCAUCGACUUCCAAGUCCUGUAUCUGUUCUUGAAAAUUCAAUAUUUGCAGAAAGCUGGAAUUCCUCAGAUACAACUGAUAGCAUCAAUACUGGAGGCAGCAAACAGGUUUCAUCAGUGCAAGCUCAGGAAGUUCUCGGCAUUCAUUAUUUCAAGAAGCCUAAUCCAAUGGAAAUUGAAACAGAGUUAUCGGACUCAGCCUCAUCCAUGUCUACUGCAAAAACUGAAUGUCUCUCAUGUGGAGCCGAAGAUCAAGAUGUACUACAAAAUCAAUGGGAGCUUGAAUAUGUGAAGGAUAUAUUGUCCGACAUAGAGCAUAUGUUCAAGGAUUUUGCGGCGGGCAGAGCUCGUGCGAUAAUAAACCAUAACCUUUUUGAUCAGCUGGAAAGUAAAAAAUGGAUGCUGAAUAGGCAUGAGCCUAAACUAAGACGAAAGAUAAUAUUCGAUUGUGUGGCUGAGUGUUUGGAUAUAAGAUGCAAGGAGUAUGCAUCCGGGGGAUGUGAAAUGUGGACAAAAGGUUCGUUUGUGGUGAGAAACACAGAAAGGUUAGCUGCAGAAAUAUACAAGGAAAUUUCGGGGUGGAAUGACAUGGGGGAUUGCAUGGUUGAUGAACUUGUAGACCAGGAUAUGAGUAAAAAACAUGGAAGAUGGCUUGAUUUCAAGAUAGAAGCAUUUGAAUUGGGAGUUCAGAUUGAAAACCGCCUACUCAAUAACUUGUUAGAUGAAGUCAUAGCUGAUAUACUGGUACUUUGA